GCUGCUGAAGCUAUCGCCCUUCUCCAACAGACCUCCUGGCACCAACCGCUGGGCUAUUAGUGAGCUUCUCCCUCAGUCCUCCAAUCUACGUAACUUACCCAAGGAGCAUAACCAAACUCCUCUCGGGCUUGCCAACCACCUUGCACUUUUCUCAUCCAUCGUGCUAUUCACACUUCGUUCUCCCUGACACCCAAGAUUGCUGUUCUAUACUCUGUCUUUAGCUCAUCCUGACAUUCAAGAUUGUUGAUCCUGUUUCUUUUUCGUUUCUGCUUCAAGUGUGACGCAUUUCAUUUCCACCGUGUAUAUUCUUCCCGUGUAACAGCAUUCAAUGGUUUCAAUGGACGACAGUUCGAACCCCCGUGCCCCGGCCCCCAUGCACCCCGCCACCCCUCUGAAACGCUGUGCUCCACGGGAAGAUUGCCGCCGUGCUCCCCUCUUCGAGCUGGCUUGUGCCCUCUGCCAGAAACACAACAGAGAUAACGAAAUUGAGGACUUGGACGAGGCGAUCACUUUCCACCGCGCAGUUUUAGAACUCCGACCAGUCGAAAACGACAAGUAUCAUCGGUCCACCUCACUACACCACCUCGCUCUCUGCCUUUCAUAUAGAUAUGACGAGCAGGGGACAGUCAACGACUUAGAAGAAGCUAUCUCGCUUGCACGUGCAGCACUGGAACUCUGUCCACCAGGGCACCUCAAUCGUGGUGUAUAUCUCCACAAUCUCGCUUGCGACCUCCGGAGAAGGUUCGUGAAACAGGCUGCGAUACACGAUUUAGAAGAAGCGAUUGGGCUGCUCCGUUCAGCUCUGGGACUGCGUCCCCCUGGACAUCCUGAUCGGUCCUCGACGCUCCAUGAGCUUGCUCUAUGUCUGUCGAAUAGACAUGACAAGCUUGGGACAAUCGGCGACUUGGAUGAAGCUAUCUCGUGUGGACGUGCAGCACUAGACCUCCAUCCGCCAGGGCAUUCCGAUCGUGAUGGAUCUCUUCACAAGCUUGCUUGUGACCUAAGGAAGAGGUUCGUGAAGGAGGUUGCAAUAUGCGACUUGGACGAAGCGAUUGCGUUGCACCGCAUAGCUCUGGAACUGCGUCCCCUUGGACAUCCUGAUCGAUCCUCGACGCUCCAUGAGCUUGCUUUGUGUCUGUCGAAUAGACAUGACAAGCUUGGGACAAUCGGCGACUUGGAUGAAGCUAUCUCGUGUGGAUGUGCAGCACUAGACCUCCAUCCGCCAGGGCAUUCCGAUCGUGAUGGAUCUCUUCACAAGCUUGCUUGUGACCUAAGGAAGAGGUUCGUGAAGGAGGUUGCAAUAUGCGACUUGGACGAAGCGAUUGCGUUGCACCGCAUAGCUCUGGAACUGCGUCCCCCUGGACAUCCUGAUCGAUCCUCGACGCUCCAUGAGCUUGCUUUGUGUCUGUCGAAUAGACAUGACAAGCUUGGGACAAUCGGCGACUUGGAUGAAGCUAUCUCGUGUGGACGUGCAGCACUAGACCUCCAUCCGCCAGGGCAUUCCGAUCGUGAUGGAUCUCUUCACAAGCUUGCUUGUGACCUAAGGAAGAGGUUCGUGAAGGAGGUUGCAAUAUGCGACUUGGACGAAGCGAUUGCGUUGCACCGCAUAGCUCUGGAACUGCGUCCCCCUGGACAUCCUGAUCGGUCCUCGACGCUCCAUGAGCUUGCUUUGUGUCUGUCGAAUAGACAUGACAAGCUUGGGACAAUCGGCGACUUGGAUGAAGCUAUCUCGUGUGGACGUGCAGCACUAGACCUCCAUCCGCCAGGGCAUUCCGAUCGUGAUGGAUCUCUUCACAAGCUUGCUUGUGACCUAAGGAAGAGGUUCGUGAAGGAGGUUGCAAUAUGCGACUUGGACGAAGCGAUUGCGUUGCACCGCAUAGCUCUGGAACUGCGUCCCCUUGGACAUCCUGAUCGAUCCUCGACGCUCCAUGAGCUUGCUUUGUGUCUGUCGAAUAGACAUGACAAGCAGGGGGCAGCUAGUGACUUGGAAGAAGCCAUCGCGCUUGGACGUGCAGCACUGGACCUCUGUCCGCCAGGGCAUUCCGGUCGUGGCACGGUUCUUUACGGCCUUGCUUGCGAUGUCUGGAAGAAG